AUGAAACAACACACAAUUAUUAAUACGGAUUUUUCAGAAACAUUUACAACAGAAAGUUUUCAAAAUAGUAAAAAUGAUUUCGUUUAUGCUGAAGAUUCAUCUGAAAUUUCUACUGAUUUAAGAAAAGCAUCAAAGAAUUUAAUACCAAAAGAUAGUUCUAUUCAUUUUACUGACUGGAUACAAAAUCAACGUCAAAAUGAUAGACGUAAAAGCAUGUAUAUGACUGGUAAAUUAUAA